AUGUCAUUCGUUAUCAUUACCAGGUGGUCUUCCGUCAAUACCUUGGAGAGUGGAUUUAACAGUCGUUCUGCUUCAACGUACGAAGAGGGCACCAUCCGGGACAUCACAGAUGCCCUUAUUAGGGCAAAGCAAGAGGCAGAAAUGGAAGAUUCCAGUGUGAGAGGCAUGCUAGACGUAAAGUUGAUCAUGGAAACGCUGGCGGAUCUCACUGUUGCUGGCACAGAUACAACCACAAAGUUUUUGACUUGGUCGCUUCUUUAUUUGGCGUCCUUCCCAGAUGUCCAAGUGAAGAUACACCAGCAGCUUGAUAACUUCAUUGGCUUUGACCGUCUGCUUCGCUUACAGGACAAAAGCAGUUUACCAUAUUUGGAGGCUACCACUAUGGAGAUCAUGCAGCUAUUCAUCACGACCCAAAACACAUUUGACCCGAUGCAGUUCCUAGACGACGAUGGAAACUUCGUUUGCCCAGCCACCUUUAGUUUCAUUCCAUUUGGUGGCGGUCCCCGUGGAUGUGUGGGUCAGUCCUUGGCUAGAAUAGAGUUUUUUCUUUUUCUAGCUGGCCUUCUCCAGGAGUUCAGACCUGAGUUUCGCGCAGGCUCUGCUCUGCCAGAUCUGGAGCCACCACCAGAAUCCAUUUCGCGUGGAAAUUUGACACCAAGGCCUGACAAACUUUGUUUCACCAAAAGGCACUAG